AUGGAAGACUUUAUGGCCUGUCACGAUCUACAUUUACAUAAUAGUCAAGGGGCACAACCAACCUAUGACAAUACCUAUCAUAAAGGAUGGCCUGAUCUUACACUCUCAACUGCUAAUUUUGCCAACAACUUUAGCUCAUGGGAUGUUCUAGAUGAUGAGAGUAACUCAGAUCAUCGAUACAUCCACUUCACACUAACACUUGAAGCCAGCAUUAAUAUCCUCCAGAGAUUCAAACUACCGGGCGGAAAGAUACGACGACUGAAGAAUGCCUUUCAGGAGCUGCUCAUCAGAGAAGAAGACAUACUAGAAGAGCUUACCAACCCCCAAGAACUGGAUGAUUACACAGACCACAUUCUGUCAUUACUCAGACAAAUAUGUCAGCAGAUCCUCCCUACAAGGACCGCCAAAAAACUCCAAGGCAUAUCCUGGUGGACGGGAAGACUGAGAGAGAUGAAACAGAGGUGCAGAGCUCUGCGCCGCCGCCUCAGAUCUGCUACCAACGAAAUUGUAGCUUCCAACAUCCUUACGGCCUUUCGGCAAGAAAGGGCCGCCUACAAGAAAGCAAUUCUUGAAGCUAAAAUUAACAGCUGGAGAUCUUUCUGCACCAGUAACAGUAAUCCAUAUGGAAUUUUACACAAACUGGCAACGCAGAAGAUCUUCCAACCAGCGCAAGUACCAGUUCAACCAACAGCACCACAUACUAUGGACGUAGCGGCCUCCACCGCCAAGGAACUUUUAAAUGCUAUCUUUCCCACAGAUGAUACACAAGCAGAUACUUCAGAACAGAGGCAAAUUAGAGAAGAUACAAGCUCGCCAUGCACACCGAACGAUAUACAGUUUUCUGCACAGGAGAUACAAAAAAUUUUGAGAGUUCAAAGUUGGAAAAUCGUAAAGGAUUUUUCUAACGUUAAAGAGUAUAAUACUGAUAAUUUCGGAUUAUGGGCUAUGCUUGAGGAAUUAAUAGUUUUCCAGAGUCGUAGCUAG